GGGCGCUGUCUCACUAGGAAGCAGGGAUUUCGCGCUGUUAUAUGUGAAUCCUCUAGCACCUGGUUCUGGGCAUCUGUGAACUCAUUCUGGCAGUGGUAAUGAAGAUGAUAAUGAGGAUGUAAAGAUAUGCUGUUACUGAUUAUGGAAGACAAUGAUGAUGAUGGUGACACAAAACUCAAGGAAGAGGUAGAAGCUGAACUGGACAAAAUUAGCAUUUCUUCCUUGGGAAAAGAUGAGGUUGAAAGUGAUUCAGAAACAGAAACUCACAGUGACGAUAGCAGUACUGGUUCAGUUGAAUUGCCAGAGUCAGUUCUUCACUGUAUCAACGUCAUCAAGAAUAAGAGCAAAACUGCUGAAGAACUCAUUCUUCAGGACCUAGAAGACACUGGUAUCUUUAGUUGUAGUUCUGGCACAGCUUCUAGCAAUCAUAUGCAUUUAAGGAUAGGAUCAUCAAGAGAACUGAAAGGAAAUUCUGAGCAAUUAAUGAGGAUAUUAUCUGGAAUAGAAAAAGAAGAAUUUAUAAGAAGUCAAAUCCAUUCUGCUAUGUCCAUUUCUGUUUCUGAGAUUGAUCCUGUUGAUGAAUCCAUGGAUGAAUGUGUUUUACCAGAUGAUGCUGAUAUGAAGUUUGGAUACUUUGAAGUAGAAGAAAGAUGUAGAAAGUCUUUUGAAGCUUGGCAAGACAAACAGAAAGAACUAGAAGACCAAGAUAAAGAAUGUCUUAAAGCUCAGAGGGAUAUAGAAAACAAGCAAUUUGAAGAAGAAGAAGAAAAGAGACAUUGCUGGAUAAAACAAUUUGAAGCUGAAAAGAAAAAAUUAGAGAAUAUUCAGAAGCAAGACCAGGAUAAAAUGAAUGAUGAACUCCAUAAAGAAGAGAAAAUGUGGAAAGAGAAGUUUAGACAACAUGAGGAGUUUAUUAGAAACUUGCAUUUACAAAUAGAUGAAGAACAAACAAGGUUUAAUGAGUUACGAGAAAAAGAAAAGGCACGUUCAUUAGAAUUACGGCAUAAUGCAGUUGUAAAAAUUCAAGCUAAAUAUAAAGCAUUUGUAACUUACCGAAAAUAUGCCCCAAUCAUAAAAGAACAAAUAGAAAGGAAGAAAAGGAAAGCACAGGAGUGGGAGGAAAUCGACCUAAAAAUCAGACAGAAGGAGGAAGAAAGACGAAGAAAAUUUGAGGAGGAACAAAGGAUAGAAGAGAUAAAAAAGCAGAUGCAGGAGGAAAAGAAACGGAGAGAAACUGAAUAUGAAGAGCAAAAGAACACUCUGCGGCAACGAAGAGAGGAUCUACGAAACAAGGAGAAAGCAAGAUUAGAAGACAGCCGACAGCUGACCAUGAACUGUGCGUUAGGGUGGGAGGAAUACCGUGGGAAACCCUUAACUGUCACAGACGCGUCCAAGAGUAAGAGUGUAGCCAAAGAGCUAGUGAGCCCGCACUCACAGAAGCGAGAUGGCUGGCUAGUUCCGCAAGCAAACAAGAGAGAAAAUGUGUAUAGACAGCCUGCACUGAAAGAAUCAACAGAAGUAAAAUUAAAACCAAAUCAAGCCAUUUUUGUAGACUCAAAAAUGAAGGAAAAAAGUGAAGACUUAUCAAAAACCCAAUGUUUUGAAAAGUUGGUUAAACCAGAGCUAAAGUAUGAAGAUAUUGACAAAAAAACCGAAUUGGAAAACUCAGACCUAAAAGAAAAUGAGAAUGUACAGUGCCAGGGGCAAGAAUUAAAGCCUCAGACUCAAAAAGAGGAAAGUAUGGCACACACCACAAGGGAGACUGUGGGACAGGAAACCCACGUGAUAUCCGGGCAUGAUCGAAGGAGUGAGGUGAACAACAGGGACGCACAGAAAACCAUUAAAGAUGACCAAGAGGGGUUGAUGGGAAAAGUAGAAAACAAAGAGAUACUUGAAGAAAAUAAUACUUCAGUUAUUCCAGCGAAGGAAAUACUAUCACCAUCCUUAAAAAAUCCUGAAGCUGUAGAGGAAAAUGUAAUACUAGAAGACAAAGUGAUUGACAGGAAGUCAGAAGGAAUGGAGGAAGUCCCCAAAGACUACGCUCUGCCUUGUGAUACUGUGAUUGUUGACACGGGCACCUUGGGGCACACAGAAGGCAAAACAAAUCAGCAGGAUUAUGUCUUAGGUAAUCUUGCUCCCAGUGGUGAUGUGGAUAAUUACAAUGCAAAACACCUCUUGAUUUCUGAAAAGGAAAGCUCUCUUAAAUCUGAGAUGAAAGAAAUUCUGGAACAGUGGCAAGAAUCCAGGGCUGAAUGUGACAGUGUCAUGCCCUGCCCAGUCCCACAGGUAACAUUUUUAUCUUCCAUUAAAGAAAGGAGACAAGCUUGGAUAAAAUCAUUUAAACCUUGGUUUGAAAUCUUCAAGCAAAAUCAACACAAGAAUGUCAUUAAAAGAAAGAGAUUUGUGAAGUGCCUAGCCAGUAAGAUGCCUCCUUUGGAUUCCUCGGAAAUUCUUCGGCAUGGCCCUUGGGAUACUUUACAGCAGGUUACAACUAUUACAUUGCAGGAUUUGACCAGCUGCUGUCUGUCUACAUUGGCAGAGUGCCCAAAUCUUCAGCUUCUGUCUCUCCAACGCUGUGGAUUACGUUCCUUGCAUGGGCUGAACAACUGCAAAAACCUUAAGUAUAUUGAUGCACAGGAGAACCAUAUUGAAACUAUCAAUUGUGAAAAUUUGGAAAGCCUUUGUGUUGUUCUUCUUAAUAAAAAUCAGCUGACUUCUAUUCAUGGUCUGGAUGGAUGCAUUAAUAUCCAAAAUCUUGAACUUUCACAUAAUAAAAUCACUCGAAUCAGUGGUUUGGAAUCUUUGAAAUAUCUUCAACAAUUAACUGUGGACCAUAAUCAGUUAAUUAGUACAAAAGGCCUUUCUGAAGCACCUACCAUAAUAUACCUAGAUUGCUCACACAACCAUCUUACUGAUGUUGAGGACAUUGGAAACUGUGGAUUGCUCCAAAUAGUGAAGUUGCAGGGAAAUUAUCUAAGAGAGCCCCCAUCCUUAAAGAAUCAUGUUCUACUAAGAAAACUGCAUCUGGAUGAUAACAGCAUUUCUACUGUGGAAGAACUUUCUUCAUGUUGGCUGCCCUUACUACAAGAUCUUACAAUCUCUCAAAACAGUUUGACAAAAUUUGUACCGCUUUUUCAUUUUGUGUCUUUGGAAAAACUAGAUGUCAGCAACAAUUGUUUUUCUGAUCUGGAAAGUGCAAUACAUUGGUUUCGUGAUUGUAAUUCUCUCCGUGAACUCUGUAUCACUGGAAACCCAAUUCUUCAAGAAAGAAACUGGAGGAAUUCUCUACUUAAAGUGUUGCCUGCUCUAAGAAUCCUCAAUGGUGACGUGCUGAACUCUUCCUCAGACAUCCAUAUUGAACAACACUAUGAAGACCUACACUGCUUCUUGGCGCUUUGUCAGUCUCAGAUUCAAGAAUUCACCUCACUAACUGAAAAGUUUACCACUCAAGAAGGGAAUGUUUUCACUUUGCAUGCUGUAGACAACCUCUGUCUCUACUACAGGAAUUUAAUGAGACUUAGUAAUGAAUGCAGACGUGCACAUGAACAUGGGGAUGUAGAUAUCACCAAGAGAGAUGAACUGGACACCCAGCAAAUCCAUUCAGCAUUUUCCAACAAUGACAGCACACUGCAAAAUGGAGUCUUCCGCUCUGAGGCUAACAAACAUAGAGCGGACUCACCAGCUAUUUCUAAGAAACGGAUGGACUUUGGCCGUAUACCUUCCCCAUUAAACUGCGAAGAAGUAGUAGAGGGACGAAAUCAGGAAAAGUUCUUAGGACAGAAGAGUGAAGACAGAAGGAUAAGCAGCAUCUCUACGAAAAGAAUCUCGUUCGCAGAAACGGGAACGGCAAAUUCUUCCAUGAAUAAUCAUGAAAAUAUCAAGCACAGCAAAGCCUAUAUGGCAGCUGUGCUAAUCCAAGCCCACUGGCGUGGUUACACUGUACUCAGACAGAUUAAUGUUUCUCCAAAGAUGCAUCCUACUUUAACAGAACCCCUGCAUAAUACCUACAUCAAUAAUCAGACUACUUCAAGUAAAGAAAGACGAGAAAAUGUUAUGACUGUCCAAGAACAGAGGGAGAAGGCUGCCCUUCUUAUUCAGGCAGUUUGGAAGGGCUUUAUUUUACGAAAGAAACUGGCGACAGCUCUAGAGGCUAUCAGGAAUGAAGAAUCUGGAGAAGAAUAUGAAGAAAUAGAUUUAGAGGAUUUUACAUUCGAUGAAGAUGCCUUGGAGAAAGACUGGCUAGCAUUAGAUUCCACCCGCUUCCCUUCACAAACACUGCCUCUCUCCAACCAGCUGGCCUGGCCAAAGAACUCUAGAAUUUUGAAAUAUGAUGAAGCUCCGCUUGAUAUAGCAGCUCAUCCAACUCAAGCAUGGCAAUGCAACGAAAAAGAAAAUUUGCUUUCCUCAGAACACACUCCAUUAAGUACCAGAUCAGAAAAGAGAACGUUAUUCUGGACGCCUCAAUCAAAGACAAGUAUAAAGAAUUUCCGAAAAUCUGAAAAAGAAGAAAAAAUUUCAGAAGAAUGGGGCUUUAAGGAUAUUUCUACUGCGCAGCAAAUGCUGAAAAGGGCACAGAAAAUGAAAUCAAAGAAAUUAAGGGAAAAAAUGGAUCCGUCUGUGCGCCUCGCAUUAUUCAAACACAACAAAAAUAAAGUUUCUGUUACAAAAUCAACAAAGAAGACACAGCUGAGAAGUGAUAGUUGUUUUGAAGGUAAAGAGGAAGACUUUAUCUGUAAGGACACCACCGCGAAAGAGAAAUUGGAAAGGAGUAAAGAGUACACAUACCAAUGGCUCCACACACAAGUUGGGAUUCAUGAAACAACUAGUUCCAGAAUUAUGAAAUGCAGUCACUUCUUGCCUGAGUUAAAUCCAGAUGUACUUAAUGGUGGAAGAGUUCAACUUGUGGCAAGGCUUGUAAGCAGAGAAGACACGGAUUUAGACCUUUCUUCCAUGACCAGUGGAAGCGCUUUGUCUGUGAACAGAGAAAAAAAAAGUCAGGCACACAGACACUCAGCGGGAUCUUCAAGUAAGCUGUGGUUUCCUUCAGAACUAAUUUAG